CAUCGUGUCACCUAAUCUCAUUUCUCUUCUUCUUCUUCGCUGAGCUCUCUACAGCGAACAAAGCAAAUUCUUUAAUCCUUCUCUCUCUCUCCCUCGCUUUUUGGUUUUUCAGAUCAAAAAGCUUUUUCCAAUGUUAGUUUCUUUCUCAAUUCGUUUUCGUUUUUAAUAAAAAAAAUUUGGUUUUUAGAAACCGGGUUAAUCCAUUCUUUGAUUCUUACGAUUUAUUCCUCUGAAUUUUUUGUUAGUAGCUGAGUUCUCCUUUAGAUAUUUUUUGAUCUGGUUCACGUCUUUCUUCGAUUAGGGUUUCAAUUUAUUUGCUUGCUUAUAGAUCUGUCUCCCCUGUAAAAUGUUAAUUAGGUAUGAACAAUUUUUUUUUAUUUAUCUCUUUUGUAAAAACAGAGAAAACAGAAUAAAAACAAUGGCAGCAGCAACAUCAGCUUCUUUGUUUUCAAUUGGAUCUUCUUACUCGUCUAAAGCCAGCUCAUUUACACCACAGUCUAGGGCACAAGCUGUGAACUUUAACUCAAUUCCUAGUUUCAUCGGUCUUAGAUCAACCUCACUCAUUUAGAAAGGCGGCGGAAAAAAAAAGUCUAAGAGAGAAAAAAAAAGUUAAAAUAAAAAAAGUAGUAGUUGAUGAUGAUGAUGAUGAAGAUGUUGGUGGAAGAGACUCGUAUAGGGUUUUCUAAUAGGCGUUGUUGUUCGCUGGUUCUGAACUCCUGUUUAUUAUUGGAGUAAGUAAAAAAGCGCCACAGAGUUGAGAGAGAGAGAGAGAGAGAGAGAGAGAUUUUUUUUUUUUGGUUCUGUUUUUUUUUUUGGGUUGUGAUGGGGAAAGUGGCGGUUGCGUUUGCGGCUGUUGCGGUUGUGGCGGCUUGUUCAGUUGCGGCGAUGAUGGUUGGGAGGAGAAUGAAGAGUAGGAGGAAAUGGAGGACUGUGGUUGAGAUUUUGAAAGAGUUGGAGGAUGAUUGUGAUACUCCCGUUGCUAGGUUGAGACAAGUUGUUGAUGCUAUGGCUGUCGAGAUGCACGCUGGUUUGGCUUCUGAAGGUGGCUCUAAGCUUAAAAUGCUCCUCACUUUCGUCCAUGUUUUGCCCACUGGGAGGGAGAAAGGAACUUAUUAUGCACUUCACCUUGGUGGCACUUAUUUUAGAAUUUUAAGAGUUCAUCUCGGUGCUCAAAGGUCGUAUCUAGAUGUUCAAGAUGUUGAACGACAUCUGAUACCUUCACAUCUGAUGAACAGCACUAGCGAGGUUCUUUUCAACUUUCUCGCCUUCUCCUUGGAAAGGUUUAUCGAAAAGGAAGAAAGCGGGUCCGAUUCACAAGGUGUUAAAAGGGAACUUGCAUUUACGUUUUCAUACCCUCUCAAGCAUACUUCUAUUUCUUCAGGAGUUCUAAUUAAAUGGACCAAAGGUUUUGAGAUUAGUGAAAUGGUCGGGAAGGACAUAGCUGAAUGUCUACAAGAUGCGCUGGACCGAAGAGGCCUAAAUAUGCAUGUUGCGGCUCUUGUGAAUGAUACUGUUGGAGCCAUGUCACUUGGAUAUUAUCAUGAUCCAGACACGGUUGUAGCAGUUGUAUUUGGGUCAGGUAGUAAUGCAUGUUACUUGGAACGAACUGAUGCCAUAAUCAAGUGUCAGGGUCUGCUUACAACUUCUGGAAGCAUGGUAGUCAAUAUGGAGUGGGGUAAUUUUUUGUACUCAAUGUGCUCGAAUUUAGUACUCAACCGAUCCAUGAAUUUAUGGAGAAUUAGGUUUCCUGGAGCUUCGAACCUCAAUGCCAUGGGUUCCUUAUUCCAGAUAGAGUAUCUAUCUAUGGGUCCAAUAUUAGUCGGUUCCGAGCCAACCAAGCAAUGACCCCUAUCUUGAAGGAGAUUUCUGCCACGAUCCAAGGUUGGUUUGUUUCUUCUCUUGUCCUUCUUUGUUUAAUUUUACUUUACUUAGAGAACUCUUCACUUUCAUCAUCGCUAACUCUAACCUCUGCUCGGUUGUUACCUUUGGUCGUGUCAUGACUCGUGAAUGAUGAAGAAUAUGAUCAUUGUGGCUUGACCGACAGUGUUUUGAAAAUUCUAUGAAUUGUGCUUUUGGUGUUAGUUGGCAGCCCACGUAUUCUUCUCCUUCCUUCCCCUUUGUCUGAAAUCAAAACGGAACAGAGGAGUCAGGACUGAUCUUUGGUAUUGAUUAGAGGAGUCAGGACUUAUUCCUUCUUCUUCUAAAUCUCCAUGAUUCUUUUUUUUUUGUUACUGAGAUGUGGUGUGUGAUUUGAAUUUUCUUGUCUUUUGAUUCUUAGAAUCGUUGAAGCAUUAUAAUGGCGACGAGAGAGCAAACAAGUCAGAGAGAAGUAUAUAUCUUUUUUUGUGUGUGUUCUUCUAAUAAAUCUAUAUGGUUUUGACUAAGUUAGGACAUAUAGGUUUGUUUCUUUUUGAUUCUAUGGAACAGGUGGGCUUUGAUUGAUUUAUUUGACUCUCUCUCUCUCGUCGCCAACAUGCAGGCGCCAUUAGAAUCACUCAAGGAAGAUCAGCACCUGAGAGAGAACUUAGCAAGGAAUUUAAUGUUUUGGAGGCGGGUCUAUGGAAUUCGAUAUCUCUGAACAAAGGAUGUUAUAAGGGACAGGAGACUAUAGCGAGACUCAUAACAUAUGAUGGAAUCAAGCAAAGGUUUAAGGUUAUGUGGACUUAAUCUCUCUGCACCAGCAGAACCCGGCAGCACCAUCACAGUCAAUGGGAAAAAGGGUCGGGAAACUAACAAGCUACACUAUGGUAAGAAACGGGUCUGGCCAUUUUGGGUUAGGCUACAUCAAGAAACAAGAGCAUCGUGGAGCUUUUUGUUUAGUCAGCCAAUUUAUUUACACAUAUUUAGCUCUUUCAACUUGUUUGGUUUCUGCACUUGUUCUCUAUGGGCUUUUUGAUCUUAUGCUUAGUUAAAAAAACCUCUUUGUUCUUCCCUCAAAUUAUUAUAACUUUUAUAUGAAGGUUAACAUAAAAGCCUUUUUUUUACAUUA